AAUUUCACCCGACUUCUCGUUCUCUCAUGGCGCUCAUCCCUGCAAUUCCUACUCUUGCUGCUAGCGGCGCACGGCUUAGUGUUCUACCGCCCAUUAUACAUGUUAGAUCCUCUAGUCGGCGCCGAUCGGCAGUUCUGGCCAAUCUAUCUUCUCCGCCGCGUGGUGGCGAAGCGCUGGAUUGGGUGGAAGCGACGUCAAGCUUCUUCGAACAAGAUACCAGGCCUAUUAUGCUAUUUGACGGUGUGUGCAACUUAUGUAAUGGAGGUGUGAAGUUCGUACGCGAUAAUGACCGACAAAGGAGAAUAAGGUUCGAAGCCCUACAAAGUGAUGCAGGCAAGAAUCUGUUAAGGAGGUCUGGAAGAGCUCCUGAUGAUAUUUCAAGUGUUGUACUUGUAGAAAAGAAUAGGUCUUAUAUCAAGUCAGAGGCUGUGCUGAAGAUCAUGGAGUACAUAGACUUGCCCUUUCCCCAGCUAGCGUUCUUUCUUCAGUUUGUACCUUUAUUCAUAAGGGAUAUUAUGUAUGAAAACCUUGCGGAUAACCGUUAUGCUGUAUUUGGUCGUUCGGAGUCCUGCGAAAUUUAGAGGACUUAUUGUAAGUUGCGGACAUCUAUGUUUUCCACUACAUCGGCUCCACUGUGUCCCAAGGCUCCGAUGCUACAUGAAAAGUGUUCUUAUAGGAUAUAUAUAUAUACCUGAACGUAGAUACGGGAGGGCUUGCAUGGGCCAUUGAACGAAAUAGGCUUCAACAAGAACGUCUUUCCUGCCGGUAUGACUAAUAUACUCUUAUCAUUUGGUUGUGCUUGGCAUGCUGCCUUCCAUGCUUCACUAAAUGCCUGUAUAUUUGCAUCAUACAACUCACUUAACAAUUACUGAACAAACCGUUUGGUGAAGAACAUUUUGAUAUAACAUCUGCAUCAUUUACUUG